GCAUCAGCCAGUAAGACAACUACGUAGCAGGACUACCAACCAGCCAGUAGCGCGACUAUUGUGAUCUUCUCAACGCAGUUUUGCUGCCACCGAUCUGUUACCACACGUACCACGUCGCGACGGAUGUCCUCAUCAGACUUGGGGUCCCAGUAGGCGUAGCAUAGUGCUAUGGGGAUACCAAAGCGCAGCGUGUAGUCGAUCAUCAUCUUGGGCACCUUCAUCCUUUUGCCUUCUACUGGAUGCGAACUUAAGGCGAACUUAUGUAGUUGACAACCGCUCAUUUCAAUUACAGGCGUCAUGCGGACAUCUGUGGCGACGGCGAGGCAGCUUCACCGCGCUGUCCGACGUUCACUCCAGGCUUCUACUACUCGAUGCUUCAGCUCUACAGCUGCUCCACUGCCUGAGGGUCUUCGCGAGAUCUCCAGCGUCCCGCGCACGCCAUCCUGGUCGCUCAAGGAGCUUCAUCAGGAUGGAGAGCUCAACGCCGCGGAUACAGUGUUGACUGAAGAGAAGCUUCGCGAGUUGGCGGAGCUGUGCCAUUUGCACGUGAAGGACGAAAAGCUCCCUGGACUACUCAAGGACGUCGAGUCCAUCAUCCAAUGCACCAAGACCAUCCAGGCCAUGACGCUGAACGAGAAUAUUGACGAUGUAUACGCCAAAAGCGACUUCGACGCCGGUGUGGUGGCUCCUCUCAGAGACGACGUCGUUACUGAAGGCGACUGCGCGGAGAAGGUGUUGGCAAAUGCUGCCGAGAAGUCUGGCUACUACUUUAAGGUCCCCAAGGUACUGCAGGACUAAAAUUAUGCAAUGGACAGCAGCAGCAAUACAUUGCUAGGCAAAAUCUAUCGUAAGUGCACAUUAGAAGCGUUUUUUUUUCGCACUCUAUGCUCCAACACACAGUAUGCAGCUAAGUUUACCAAC